GCCCUCUGGCUCCCGACCCGCCUGGGCCACCAGGGACCGGCCCUGCGACCACCAUGGUGAGGCUCGUGUUGCCCAACCCGGGCCUGGAGGACCGGAUCCCGUCCCUGGACCAGCUGGAGAGCAUCGAGGCCAAGGAGGCCGGCUCCCGGCCCCAGUGGGACAACAAGGCCCAGUACAUGCUCACCUGCGUGGGCUUCUGCGUGGGCCUGGGCAACGUGUGGCGCUUCCCCUACCUGUGCCAGAGCCACGGCGGAGGGGCCUUCAUGAUCCCGUUCCUCAUCCUGCUGGUCGUGGAGGGCAUCCCCCUGCUGCACCUGGAGUUCGCCAUCGGGCAGAGGCUGCGGAAGGGGAGCGUGGGCGUCUGGAGCUCCAUCCACCCGGCCCUCAAGGGCGUAGGCAUCGCGUCCAUGUUCGUGUCCUUCAUGGUGGGCCUCUACUACAACACCAUCAUCGCCUGGGUCAUGUGGUACUUCUUCAACUCCUUCCAGGACCCCCUGCCCUGGAGUGAGUGUCCGCUCAACGCCAACAGGACAGGCUACGUGGAGGAGUGCGCGCGCAGCUCCUCCGUGGACUACUUCUGGUACCGGGAGACCCUCAACAUCUCCACCUCCAUCAGCGACUCCGGCUCCGUGCAGUGGUGGGUCCUGCUCUGCCUGACCUGUGCCUGGAGCGUGCUCUACGUGUGCACCAUCCGCGGCAUCGAGACCACCGGCAAGGCCGUGUACGUCACCUCGACGCUGCCCUACGUGGUCCUGACCAUCUUUCUCAUCCGGGGUCUGACACUGAAGGGAGCCACCAAUGGUAUCGUGUUUCUCUUCACGCCCAACGUCACGGAGCUGGCCAACCCGGUCACCUGGCUGGACGCGGGGGCUCAGGUCUUCUACUCCUUCUCGCUGGCCUUUGGGGGUCUCAUCUCCUUCUCCAGCUACAACUCUGUGCACAACAACUGUGAGAGGGACUCGGUGAUCGUGUCGGUCAUCAACGGCUUCACGUCCGUGUACGCGGCCACCGUGGUCUACUCCAUCAUCGGCUUCCGUGCCACCGAGCGCUUCGACGACUGCUUCAACACGAACAUCCUGACGCUUAUCAACGGCUUCGACCUGCCUGAGGGCAACGUGACGCAGGAGAACUUCGCGGAGGUGCAACAGUGGUUCAAUGCCACGGAGCCCGAGGCCUACGCGAAACUGCAUUUCCAGACCUGCGACAUGAACUCCUUCCUCUCGGAGGGCGUGGAGGGCACGGGGCUGGCCUUCAUCGUCUUCACGGAGGCCAUCACCAAAAUGCCUGUGUCCCCGCUGUGGUCCGUCCUCUUCUUCAUCAUGCUCUUCUGCCUGGGCCUGUCGUCCAUGUUUGGCAACAUGGAGGGCGUGGUCGUGCCCCUGCAGGACCUCAAGAUCAUCCCCGAAAAGUGGCCCAAAGAGCUGCUCACAGGCCUCAUCUGCCUGGGGACGUACCUGAUCGCGUUCAUCUUCACGCUGAACUCGGGCCAGUACUGGCUGUCCCUGCUGGACAGCUACGCCGGUUCCAUCCCGCUGCUCAUCAUCGCCUUCUGCGAGAUGUUUGCCGUGGUCUACGUGUACGGUGUGGACAGGUUCAACAGGGACAUCGAGUUCAUGAUUGGCCACAAGCCCAACAUCUUCUGGCAAGUCACGUGGAGGGUGGUCAGUCCACUGCUUAUGCUGGUCAUUUUCCUGUUCUUCUUUGUGGUCAAGGUCAACGAGGAGCUGAUCUACAGCGUCUGGGACCCUGCCUAUGAGGAGUUUCCUAAAUCCCAGAAGGUCACGUACCCAGGCUGGGUGUAUGCCGUGGUGGUCAUCGUGGCUGGGGUGCCCUGCCUGGCCAUCCCCGGCUUCGCCAUCUACAAGCUCAUCAGGAACCACUGCCAGAGACGGGGGGACCGCCAGGGGCUGGUCAGCAGGGUGUCCACGACCUCCAUCAAUGGGGACCUGAAGUACUAAACGGCCUGGCCCAGGGCGUGUGGCCGUCAGAGUGAGGGGGGGGAGUCCAGGCCACACACUUGAAAGUGUGUGCGUGUGUGUGUGUGUGUACACGUGUGGGUGUGUAUGUGUGCACAGAUGAGGGUAUGCAUGUGCAUACUGUGUGUAUAUGUGUGUGCACGCAUAGGCACGCGUGUACAUGUGUGUGCAUGUGUGCGCACACGUGAGCAUAUACACAAGUGCACGUAUAUACAUGUGAGCAUGGGGGGGGUGUAUGUGAGCAUGUGUGCAUG